AUCCAGAGUCCAGAUUCUCCUGUAUUUGAAACACCACAGGUUUGACUCUCACCUGAGGAACUAUAGCGAUUACUGCAGUGAAUCCGUAUCACAUAUCAAGUCGACUGCUUUACAACAGAAAACAUCAGCAACAGACCUACAUAAUGAGACGUGCUGUGCUUCUCUACUUCCUUGUCAUCUUGAGUGAAAACCUUGCAGCAAGCAACAAACCCCGCAGGACUGUUUUCUUCCAAGAUGUGGACUUGAAACUGUUCAAAGAGUCUGGCUUUGACAGUUUGAGCUCUUUGAUGAUAAGAGACGACUUUGGUCAGCUCGUCGUUGGAGCCAGAGCGAAAGUGGUCACCCUUAGCUUGGAUGACAUCUCCAAAAAGACCAGUGAGGCCAAUUGGACUGUCAGUCCAGCAGACAAAGCCCUCUGUAUAAUGAAGGGCAAGGACACUGAGGAAUGUGAUAAUUUCAUCCGCACACUACACACAAUUGGGGACGGUAAAAUGCUCGUGUGUGGGACAAACGCUUUCAACCCCUCAUGUGACAAUAUGAAUUUCACAAAUGGAAAAAUCUCCCUAGAAGGAAAGAUAGAAGUGGGUAGAGGGAAAGUUCCUUUUGAGCCUUACCAACGUUUUGCUUCCCUUAUGGAUGGAAACACUUUGUACUCUGCCGCCUCCUCCAACUUUCUGGGCACAGAGCUGGUGUUUCAGAGACAUGGACUGAACCCACUCAAGACUGAAAUGAAACGCUCCUGGUUUAACGAGCCUACCAUGAUUUCCAUAAGCCUCGUUGAAGUGAGCAAAAACAGCAAGGACGGUGAAGACGACAAUCUAUUCUUGUUUUUCACUGAGAAUGCUGUAGAGGAACGUCGUGACAACAUCCAGGUGUCAAGGAUUGCCCGUGUGUGUAAGAGUGACCUCGGGGGCAAAAGGACCCUGCAGAAGAAGUGGACUUCUUUCAUGAAGGCCCGUUUGGACUGUCCAUUUGGUGAUGUUGGCUCACCAUCCCUUAUCCAGGAUGUUUUCCUUCUCCAAGACCAAAAUGACUGGACGGAUAGCAUAUUCUACGCCGUAUUCACUUCCAACUGGGACUCCUCAAGUGCUUGCAGCCAGUCUGCUGUCUGUGCAUACAAGCUGUCAGACAUCAGCCAGGUGUUCAGCGGGAGGUUUUUGACUGAGAGGGACACUGGGAGCUGGGAAACUUACACAGGAGUGAAGCCAUAUCCUCACCCUGGUUCAUGCAUUACUGAUGAACUGCGGGCCUCAGGUGUGAUGACCUCUCUCAACUUCACAGAUCAAACCCUGCUGUUUGCGAAGAAUCACCCUUUGAUGGAGGGAGCGGUCACACCGAUAACAGGCAGGCCUCUGCUGGUCCGUGCAGGGCCACGGUUUUCCAAGAUUGUCGUGGACCAAGUCACGACACUGGAUGGACGACGACAUCAAGUCCUGUUUAUCGGCACAGACUUUGGUUGGCUGCAGAAGGCAGUGAAGUUUGAUGGUGAGGAUGGGCGUGUCAUUGAGGAGCUGCAGUUGUUUCAAACUCCUCAGCCGGUCAACUUCCUCCAACUCUCCUCCAAAACAGGCCAGCUGUACAGUAGCGGCAGUAACUCUGUUGUUCAAGUUAAUGUGAGGGAUUGCAGUCGCUACACAUCAUGCGAUGACUGCCUUAUUGCCAGAGACCCAUACUGUGGCUGGGACCAGGUCAGAGACCAAUGUUCAUCUGUUGUUGGUGCAUCACUUGGGUCCAUGAUUCAGAGUUGGAGUGAUGGAGACAUCCGAAUGUGUCCAAUCUCUGAGUUGAAGAAUCCUGCCAUCGCCCACCUCACCAUCGGGGUUGCUCAGUUACUCCAAUGUUCCCCUGAGACGAACCUCCCAAUCAUCUGGCACUUCUCGGGUAACAUCCUCCUUCCCGGUGCUCGACACACUGUACUCGACCAGGGUCUCAUCAUCAGACCCUCCUAUUCUGAUUCUGGCCUUUACACCUGCGAGACAGUUGAAAUAGUAAAGAGUAAAGUGCACAGGAAGAUUGUGGUCCAAUACAUGGUCCAGGUUCAGGAUGUUAACACUGUGGUCAGGAACCUACGGACGGCUGUGAUCACCUUGGCUGUUUUUGCCAGCUUGCUCCUAUUCUUCAGUGUGAUCAGACACCUAAAGGCAAAAGAGCAAAAUCACACAGAUUGUGGCACUGUGUGAGGCCUUUUCCGUCAUUAUGACCAGACCAUGGAUCAACGCUUGGAGGAAGGUCUGGUUCAAUGUCACCAGGAUCUCAUUCCCCCAGAAGGCACACAAACAGCUGCACAGUUACAGAGUGAUCCCCUCCUCUUUCACUUCUUUUCAUUGUAUUGUAUUGCAUGUUUGUUUCAUUAAAUGCAUACGAAUAAAAGUAAUAUCUC